AUGAGGCUAAUUAGCAAGGAACUGUCACCUAAGACAACUGCGUCUGCUGCUGCUGCUGCUGCUGCUGCUGCUGCUGCUGCUGCUGCUGCUGCUGCUGCUGCUGCUGCUGCUGCUGCUGCUGCUGCUGCUGCUGCUGCUGCUGCUGCUGCUGCUGCUGCUGCUGCUGCUGCUGCUGCUUUCAAAUACUUUCCAUGCGGGAGAGACAGGAGAGAAUCACCAGAAGUUUGGCAUUUCCUAUCGUCCGUAAUAAAUGUAACUGGGUUGACGGAGUGCAUUGUAGCGGAGUUUGGCGUGAGUAUCACUCAACGUCCGGAAAUUGCAAUGAGGACCAUAGUCACGCAGUUAAAGAACCAAAUGGACAAAAGUGAUCAGUCUGGUGCAAUGUUUCAGGUCACAUGCCACGAAUAGCCCUGUCAUUAUAUAGGUCGGAUAGUACAACGACUCAGUUCACCAACAUGCAAACACAAAAAGACCGCCUGGAGAGAGUAUCCGCAGUCUCCAACCGCUGCCCACAGCUUGGAGGAAGACGAUGAACUCGACUUCUCAGCGAUAAUUUUGCUGGUUGGCGAUAAGACAGAGCGAGAGCUACUAGAUGCCCGGGUCCCAGACAACAUCUGCAUUAGCAGACAUAUUGCUCUAUCUAUCUGCUAUCACGCGUUAUGCUAGCACGAUCAAGUAUCCAGCAAAACCUCCAAGGAGUGGUGUACGUACAGUCAUAGCGUCGUGACACUGCGGUCGUCAGACAGCCUGACUCUAAAACCAACCAAGGGCACACGAACAUUUCUCCAGAGUUUUCAGACAAAAAUAACUACUCUUGUUGUUGGUGCUUCAUAAGUUCAGAACGUAGAAUCUCGAAUAGACAGGACGGGUGCUAUGAAUAUUCCGCUGAUCGCAUGCUGUCCUCUGCAACAGGAACCUGGGACUAUAAUUUUCAGCUCCAGUCAAUCAUUAUGCGCAAAUGGAUAGUUUUAGUGACUUUAGUGCCUUAAAAUAUUUAAAACUUUAGCUUUACAAAGCACGUAAUCGGACAGAAUAUUGGAUUGAAAAGACUAAAACGGAAUAUUUUCAGUCAAAAAUCUACCUAGCACAUAGUUAAUAAUGCUGUCCGUGAAACAAAUGUGCUUAGAGAGGCGAAAAGCUAAGUUCAAGGCAAAAGUCAAAAAGAAGGAGAUACGAAGGCGAAAGACCGAGUUCCGGGUGCAUGUAUAAGUGAAGAAGAAGAAAAAGAGGAGGAGGAAGAAGAAGAAGAAGAAGAAGAAGAAGAAGAAGUAGAUGAUGAUGAUGAUGAUGAUGAUGAUGAUGAUGAUGAUGAUGAUGAUGAUGAUGAUGAUGAUGAUGAUGAUGAUGAUGAUGAUGAUGAUGAUGAUGAUGAUGAUGAUGAUGAUGAUGAUGAUGAUGAUGAUGAUGAUGAUGAUGAUGAUGAUGAUGAUGAAGGGCGAUCGAGCAUCGGAGCAUUCUAUUUAUUGUUCUCAGCUUUAGAACUCGUGCAGGAGUUCAUCGUCAGAGAUAGUAGCGGCAGCAAAACGAGCGACAAUUUUAGGGCUUGCUAG